GGUGCACUUCGACUUCCACGAUAAUCGCCGCCUUCGCACAUACAAGAGAUGGAAGGCAUACAGGGCACCUCGUCCGGCGCGGCGAGCGACUCGGCCAUGGUACACGCCCGUCCCACCGUCGCGGACCUGCAUGGAGAGAACCACUUUGCGCAGGUAGCCAGGAAGAACUGGCUCGCCGCGACGAAGACGCCAAAGGUGCGCCCGGACGUCAUCAAGAAAGAGCUGUGGGACGAACUGGAAAACGUCGACUUUGCGUACUCGUCGCUGCUUGUGCUGGAAAACCUGCAGCUGCUGGAGAGAUACCUGUGGCCAGGGUUCAGCGAGGAUGCUUCCAACAACCACCAUCUGCUGCUGGCGCUGGUGGUCAAUGUCAAGAGGAGGGAGAACCUGCCGUCAUGGGACCACUUCACAAGCAAACCCGCCGAAUUCUCCUCCUUCUUCCGCCGCAUACUCUCCAUGACCGUCGAUCCCUCGCAGCCCUUGAAGAUUCGCACCCAACUAGUGUCCUUCGUCAUCGGCGCAUUUCAGUCGCUGGACAGUGGUCUCGUGCGCAAAGAGUGUGCGCCCCUCGUUGGCAUAUCGAUAUGGCACAACCUGCACUCAGACGCAGUGCGCGAGCAGCACUUCGAGGAACACCAGAUGCUGCGCAAGGCAUGGCGCGCGUCAUCCAAGCGAUUCGAUGCCGCAGACGAGACACUGCAGGCCAGGCUGCGGUUUGAACGGUCCUGGCUAUACACCCUGGUCCUCGACUUUCUAGAUCGCCUAUACAACAGCAACACAAAGCAAGAGAUGGCCGACAAUCUGGCAUACUGCGAGCGCUUCGUGGAGCUCCUCACCGACCUGCAGAGUCAGCUGCCGACCAGGAGAUACGUCAAUACGCUUCUGAAGGAUCUGAAUUUGCUUCCCGCGAUCAGACUAUCGCCCAUGUACGCAGAUGAGGACAACGGCCUUUUCCGCGACCUCUACAGUCUGCUCAGCCAUUUUACCUACUUUGCGAUUGAGGACCAGACUGGCAAGCAGCUAUCGAAGUUGGAGUACGAUCAGCAACAUUACAAUACUCUGGCGAAAUUGCAACGGAUAGGCUACGCUACAUUCCAGGAGAAGUUGCAGUUGAUGGCUUUGGCAAACUUCGCGAGUAUUGGAAACCGAGAAGAGCUGGACGGCCAUUUGCGCACAUUGAGUGACGACGAACUCAGAGAGCUUUGCUCCUUCAUGGGACUCCGAACGGAAUAUCCAAGCACAACAUUCCUGGUGCGAGACCGGACUUUCCACAUGGAGACCCUCAUCUCGCUGGUCGAGCAGAGGCCUACCUUCAAGGAUAACGUGCGUGACGUGCCCGUCUUCCCUACAGAAAAGAUCUUGUACGAAACCACAUUCCUUCGAAACGAGUCAUACAACGGUUCGAGGCCUCUCGCGAUCCCAAAGUUGAACUUGCAAUAUCUGACCAUGGGCGACUUCCUGUGGAGGUCGUACAUCUUGUACCGUGCCGAAUCGUUCUACGGUAUCCGGAAAGAUAUGGAAGACGUGGUCAAACGCGUACAGCCGCGAGGAAAAGGCGUCAGCACAAAGUUUGGUGGCUUUUCCAGGAUGUCGAUACCCAUCAACGCGCCGGGCAUCGUCGAUGUUGCGCCCUCCAAGGUCGGAGAAGAACACCCGGCCUACGUGCGUGCAGAGAUCAUCCUGGAUGUCAGUCGUUUGCAAGUUCCAGUGCGUAGGGAAUGGGAGUCCUUGAGGCCGGACGACGUAGUUUUCCUCCUCACUGUGGAAGGCAAGGAGGAUGCGCCUAUGCGCAACGGCCACAGUGAUGCGAACACAGGCGAACAAGUUGGUCUUCAGAGGUUGAGGUGUGCCCAGGUUGUCCAAGUGCUGGACGACAAUGGCAGACCCUUGCGCGAUCAGACACAGAACGGCGACUUUGCGCCUCGAGCACGAUCACGACGACUCGUUGUCAACAUCGAUGCGAAGCAGUACCAAAUCGAUAUGCACCACGUUGCUGAAGGCCGACCUAACAUCUAUGAGAACGUAAACAUGAUUGCUCGUCGCAGAGGGCGAGAGAACAACUUCCUCCCCAUCCUCGAAUCCAUCAAACGUCUGGCUUUGUCCGACUUCCCAGCGCCAUCAUGGUUGCAAGAGGUCUUCUUAGGCUACGGCGAUCCUUCUUCUGCAACCUACACACGCCUACCCAAUCGCUUACAGUCAAUCGACUUCCGCGAUACAUUCUUGGACUGGCAACACCUGAUCGAAUCCUUACCCGGAAAGACAAUAGAGCCUGCAGAAGAUGCACAGGGAGCCUUCGGACCACCCUACGUCGUGCAGUACCCUGCAGCAGUUGAGCCAGCAGCUGCACCUGCCAAACCUUCGAAAAAGCGGCGUCGCGACCAGGUCGAGGUUGCGCAACCCGCGCAUGAGUCUCUGCAUGUCUCGACGUACAAACCACCGAACAUGGGCCCGUACCCUGCAGAUGCUAUCAAGCAGAACGCAGUCAGGUUCACCCAUGCACAGGUCGAGGCUAUCACUUCUGGCACACAGCCUGGUCUGACGGUCGUGCUCGGCCCGCCGGGUACCGGAAAGACGGACGUUGCGACCCAGAUUAUUUCCAAUAUAUACCACAACUUCCCGGACCAACGAACAUUGCUUAUUGCACACAGCAAUCAGGCGCUGAACCAACUGUUCCAGAAGAUCGUUGCACUUGAUAUUGAUGAGCGACAUCUAUUGCGUCUUGGUCACGGAGAGGAGGACCUCGAUACUGAGGCCAGCUAUAGUAAGCAUGGCAGAGUAGAGUCCUUCCUCGAGAGAGGCACAUACUACCUGUCAGAAGUCGAUCGACUUGCGAAGAAUCUCGGUGCGCCAGGUGCUCAUGGCAAUUCAUGCGAAACUGCAGAUUACUUCAACCUGGUCUAUGUCAAGCCAGCUUGGACGCAGUACUGGGACAGCAUCACAUCGAAAGAAGCCAGCGUUGAGCAGAUAGUCGCUGAGUUCCCCCUCAAGGACUAUUUCUCGAAUGCGCCACAGCCCUUGUUCCCACCUGAGGCGGAUCGCGAGCAGGUUCUUGACAUUGUUCAAGGCUGCUACCGCCAUGUCGAGAAGAUCUUCACGGAACUCGAGGACAUCCGUCCCUUCGAGAUCCUACGAAACCCUCGCGAUAAGGCGAACUACCUUCUCGUGAAGGAAGCCCGCAUCAUCGCCAUGACAUCCACCCACGCCGCCAUGCGAAGACAAGAGAUCGCCUCCCUAGGUUUCCACUACGACAACGUGAUCAUGGAAGAAGCCGCCCAAGUCACCGAAAUCGAAAACUUUAUCCCCCUCGCCCUACAAACCCCCCAGAACGGCGAGCUGCCCCUCCAGCGCAUCGUCCUCUGUGGCGAUCACCUCCAAAACUCGCCCAUCAUCCAAAACCUCGCGUUCAGACAAUACGCAAACCUCGAACAAUCCCUCUUCCAGCGCCUCGUCCGCCUCGGCGUACCAACCAUCACGCUCGACCAGCAAGGCCGCGCCCGCCCCUCCAUCGCAGAACUGUACAAGUGGCGCUACCCAGCGCUCACGAACCUGCCUGCUGUUCUAUCCGCGCCGGACUUCCAAGUCGCAAACGCAGGCUUCAAGCAUGAGUAUCAAUUCAUCAAUGUCGACGACUACAAAGGGCGCGGCGAGGCCGAACCAACACCGCACUGGAUCGUCAAUCUGGGUGAAGCUGAGUACGCGGUUGCGCUGUUCAUGUACAUGCGCCUGCUCAACUACCCGGCGCACAAGAUCUCGAUCCUGACGACGUACGCGGGUCAGCGCGGACUCAUCAAUGACAUCUUGAAUGCGAAGUGCAGAGACCACCCAUUUUUCGGGCGCCCGAAGGUUGUGGCUACGGUGGAUAAGUACCAGGGCGAGCAGAAUGAUUAUAUCAUCCUCUCCCUCGUCCGCACAAAAGCAAUCGGCUACCUGCGCGAUAUCCGCCGCCUCACCGUCGCCCUAUCACGCGCCCGUCUUGGCCUAUACCUCCUGGGCCGCCGCACCGUCUUCGAGUCCGUCUUCGAGCUCAAACCCGCGUUCGACGUGCUGUUCACCCGCCCGGACGAACUCACGCUCGUCACUGGCGAGAUGUUCGGUGAAACCUCACGACCCGUGCAUGUUUCCGGUGCUGGUGAUGGAGAGGGGGGUGGGGAGGUCGACGGCGAGGCGGUCAUGACGGGGUACGAGCAUCUUGAGGAGUAUGUGAGGGGUAUUACGGGUGCGAAGAUUGAGGCGUUGAAGGCGAAUGGGGGGCGGUUGCCGACUAGGGAGGUUAGGAUGGUGGAUGGCGGGGAUGAGGAUGUGGAUCGGGAGGAGAUGGUGCUUGUGCCUGAGGAGCAGGUGCAGGAAUUUGGGGCUGAUGAUGACGAGGUGGUGUAGGGCUGAGGGCGAAAAUAGGCAUUUGACGGCGUUGAUGAUGAUGAUGCAUGCAGCAUUUGGCUUUGUUUGUUCAUGUGAAG